GGGCCGCUCUGACGUCACCGCAGUGCAUCAUGGGAGUCGCAGUCUUUCACUGCUUCCUGUUUUCUGACUGCGAGAGUGAGUUCAGUUCAGCUGCUCUGUUUGGAAUCGAGAAAAACUUCAUAAACAACAGCCUAUGUCUGUGUUGGGGUCCUCGAGCGCCCCCUGCAGGCCCAUCACUGCAGUGGCCUGGGUGUCUAACAGCAGCGGCUGCCCUGGUCACUUCACCCUGAUCAGUCAGACUGAGGAUGGAGCCUCGGCUAACUUCAUCCGAGGGUUUGCCAUCAAGUCAGGAUACUUCCUGUGUUACAGUAAGGAUCUGUCCGCUGGGAUGGUUGUAGCAGAUGUGCAGGUGAUUACGGAUAAAGAGACGAUUCCUCACGGUUACUGCUACAUCCCAGAAUUCCUGGAGCAAAAGGCAUCUGUUGGGAAGAAGAAACGCAUAUGUGUGCGGCUCGUUCCCAUGGGCAGUGUUACGACGGCUGUUCUAGAUCUCAAACUGACAGUCAAGAAUAAGACCAUGGUUCAGCAGUACACCUGCCUGGGCAAUCCUUCUGAUGUCUCAUCAAAAGUCAGCUUUCGGCGCAGUAAGCUUGAUACGAACAACCUGAUGGAGGAUGUGAAUGACAGUGGUAACCAUAGCAACCAUAGCAGCAUCCACAGUAUCACAGGAAUGGAUGGAGUUCCUUUCAGUCUACACCCGAAGUUCAGUUCUCAGUCAGACACAAAGGUGUCUGCGAGCAUCCUGAGUGACAUCCGCAUCAGAUCAGUGCAGGACAUCGAGAACGAGUAUAACUACACGUUUGCGGUGGAGGAACAGGCAGCAAGGAGACUCUGUCCGUCAGUGAGCAGCUGACAUCAUCCUCUCGCCGGAUCAGAACCACAGUCCUUCAUGUUACGCUCAGACGUCACACAUCUUCCUGGUUUAAUAAUCCUCUGUGUUUAAAAACACACGGCUGGUUCUAGUCUCAUUCUCUCUCUUCUUCUCGGGGUUGGUUUUUCUGCAUCCAAACGUAUAAUCUACACGUUUCUAUGAAACACUUAACAGUCGAAUCAAAGGACCUGACAAAGUGAUCUCCACAGGGAUAUGUGCAUUAUAUAUUUUAUACGCCCAAAAUAUUCUGUGUAUCUGUUAUGGGAGCUGCAGUUUACUAUUUAAAAAGUGUGGUUACACUAAUAUUCUUUAUUUAACUUAGAAAAAAAUGUAUGUUUCAGAAAUGUGAGGACCAACAAACAAUGUGUUUUCUUGUAUUGUCUGGUUGCUCUUUUGUCUGUUUAAAUAUUAAAGCGACUGGAUAAUUUCAUACUGAGUUGCUCUUUGAAAACAUUUGUACUUGAUUUGAUCAAAUCUGUCUUUUGGGGAAUAUUAGUAAAAAUGAAACUUACACAAAGGAAGUUAUAUUUUAAUCAGAGUAAUUUUUUUUUUGUAGUAAUUUUAAUUGUAAAGCGUAAUUUCAUCGAGAUCACUGUGAAUCCCAUUGUUGUUUUCUGAUUAAUAAUUUUAAUUAAUAAAUGCAAUUACAAUUUCAAGGGAUAAAUCAACGAUUAUGAUUUUUGUCAUGAUCGUGCAGCUGUGCUAUAGCUGUCAUUUUGUGGUUAUUAGUUCUUUCUCUUUCAGUAAAACACAUCUAAUU